AAGGCUCGGUCGUCUAGAAGAUUGUGAUGGUCGUGUGUGCUUAGGAGUCAGUCUUCCAUAUGUGUCCAAAUUAACUCCAAACUCUUAAAAAAACUCAUUUAAAACAAAACGACAGAAAAUAAAAAUAACAAUAACAGAGUUAGAUUGGACCGAAGUUUCCAAUAAUGGAAAGAAGAAGUGGUGGUGGUGAUAGGUUUGAAAAUAGGACUACGUAAGGAUUAGACUUGUAGUUGCAAUGCAAGGGUCAUGAAAUGAAUUUCCUCUACUUUGUGACUUUGUCAUGUUUUUCAGUUCUUUAAUUUUGUUUGUUAAAAAAAGUAACACACUAUUGUCAUAAAUGUCUCUGUGUGUGGCUUAAAAUAAAUGGUAAAAUAUAAAUUAUAUUUCCAUGACUUGUUCAACAAGUCAUUGAUUGACUGAAUUUCUCUUCCCUCCUUUAUUAUAAGUAGAUUGUACUUAGAAAGUUGGUGUCACUGUAUCCAGGCAUUGUAUAUAUCUCUGUAUCUUCUUUUGUGCAGCCAUGGAUACCAUGGCUAACUCCAUAUUUAGCCUUCUUGUCACCAUAUUAUGCUUGUUUCUUAACACCCAUAUCUCCCUUGGAACUGACACCAUCUCUGCAAGCCAAUCUCUCUCUGGUGACCAAACCAUUGUCUCAGCUGGUGGAGUCUUUGUAUUGGGAUUCUUUCAUCCAGGUAACUCUUCCAACUACUAUAUAGGUAUGUGGUACAAACAAGUAACUGCACAGACUGUAGUUUGGGUGGCAAAUAGAGAAAAGCCAGUCUUAGAUAGAUUUUCUGAAUUGAGAAUCUUAGAUGGUAAUUUAGUUCUCUUUGAUGAGUCAAACUCUCCAAUUUGGUCCACAAAUGUGAAUGCCACUAUGUUUAGUGGUGGCUCUGUACAUGUUGUUCUAUUGGAUAGUGGAAACUUGGUCUUAAAGGAUGAAUCCAAUAAUAAUUCAAAACCUUUAUGGCAAAGUUUUGAUUAUCCAACUGAUACAUGGCUGCCCGGUAAUAAAUUUGGGUAUAACAAGAGAACUAAGACGAAACAAGUUCUCUUUUCAUGGAAGAAUUCUGAAGAUCCAGCUCCAGGUCUCUUCUCAUUCCAAAUAGACCCUAGUGACACCUCCUAUGUAACACUCUGGAACAGGUCUAGGAUCUAUUGGAAUACCGGUCCUUGGACUGGAAGAUUCACCUUGGCCCCAGAGAAAAGGCCAAAUAUAAUCUUGUAUUUUGAAAUCGUUUCAAAUGACAACGAAACCUCCUUCAUGAUGCAUGCAACUAACUCAACAGUUAUAUCUUUUAUUGCAAUGGAUCUUACUGGGCAGAUGAAGCAACUAAUGUGGCAGCCUGCGAAUGGAUGGAAUGUCCUUCGUACAUUUCCAAGACAACAAUGCCAAGUCUAUGCUUCUUGUGGAUCUUAUGGAAGUUGCAACGAGAACUCCAUCCCUUUUUGUCAUUGUUUGACAGGGUUUGAGCCCAAAUCUUUAAGAGAGUGGGAUUUGAAGCAUUACUCAGGUGGCUGCUCAAGAAAAACUGAAUUGCAGUGUGGGAACGAUAGUAGUUUUGGUAGUGACAAGUUUCUAGCCAUUAAUAGUAUGUCUCUUCCUGAAAAUCAAAUGUUUGUUAAAGCAGGAAGUUUUGCUGAAUGCGAGUCAAGUUGUUUAACUAACUGCUCUUGCACUGCUUAUGCUUAUAACAACAGUGGUUGUUCUAUUUGGAAAGAAGAUCUCUUGAAUUUGGAGCAACUUGGAGAACAUGACAACAGUGGAAGGACACUAUUUAUUCGAUUGGCAGCUUCUGAGUUUCGUAGUUCUAAAGAUAAUAAGGGAGCUAUAAUUGGUGUUGUGUUGGGCUCAACUGCAGGGUUCGUAAUUUUUAUUGGUCUUGGUUUGAUUAUAUUUUUAAAAAGAAGAAAGAAAAUAGUUGGAGCUGGGACAACGGUGGGAGGCUCGUUGAUGGUGUUUGGCUAUAGAGAUUUGCAAAACGCAACAAAAAACUUUUCAGAGAUAUUAGGCAAAGGAGGCUUUGGUUCAGUAUUUAAGGGUGUCUUGCCUGAUUCUACUGUAAUAGCAGUGAAGAAGCUUGAAGGUGUUGGCCAAGGAGAGAAGGAGUUUCGAGCAGAAGUAAGCAUAAUUGGGACAAUUCAACAUGUGAAUUUAGUUCGACUUCUUGGAUUCUGCUCUCAAGGUACUAAAAAGUUGUUAGUCUAUGAUUACUUGUCGAAUGGUUCAUUAGCUUCCCACCUUUUCAACAUAGAAAGAUCUAACAUUUUGGAUUGGAAAACAAGAUACCAAAUUGCUCUUGGGACAGCUAAAGGGUUGGUUUAUCUUCAUGAAAAGUGUAGAGACUGCAUCAUACAUUGUGACAUUAAGCCAGAGAACAUUCUUUUGGACAACGAAUUCUGCUCCAAAGUGGCAGAUUUUGGGUUAGCAAAACUCGUUGGAAGGGACUUCAGCAGAAUCCUAACAACCAUGAGAGGAACAAGAGGUUAUCUUGCACCAGAAUGGAUUGCAGGUGUAGCAAUAACAUCUAAAGCUGACGUAUACAGCUAUGGAAUGAUGCUUUUUGAGUUCGUGUCAGGAAAGAGAAACUCAGGGCAAUGUGAGUUAGAUGGGAAGAUAAGUUACUUCCCAUGCUUGGCUGCAAGUGUUGUCAUGAAAGGAGGAGGCAAUGUCCUAAGCCUACUAGACCCGAGGUUGGAGGAGCAAGCAUGCAUUGAAGAAGUUGAAAGAGUUUGUAGAGUUGCUUGUUGGUGCAUACAAUAUGAUGAAGUUGAUAGACCGUCGAUGAGUAAGGUGGUUCAAAUUCUUGAAGGAGCUAUAGAGGUGGAGCUUCCGCCAAUGCCACGAUCACUGGAAGUUUUUAGUGAUGACCUGGAGAAUGUUAGGUACUUUUCCGACCCAUCCUCAAGCAAGAGUUCUGAGGCACAGAGCCACAUGUCACUUUUUUUAGGCUGAAAAUCUAAGACUAUUACUAUGCUCUCAUUUGUCCCUUUCUAAUAUGCUAUGCUAUUGUGGAGUCUUUUUUAUUAUGUGUAAUAUUUGGAGUUAUUUUCAAUCCAAUAAAUAUUGUUUUUUUUCUUC